AUCUCCUCAUCUUAAACUAUAAAUUAUUAAAAUGCGCCCUAUUGUUUGUAAUACAGAACUUGCUUUCAUAAUACCAACAAAUAAUGAAAAAAAAGUUUCCUUAAGUAUUGUUGUUAAUUUUAAUUUAGAACGUAAAAUGAAAACUAGUGAUGAAUAUGUUAACAAUGCACGCUCUAGAUAUUAAGAACUGUUUUAUCAACAAGAAGCUAAUUUAGAAUAUUUGUAUGAUUAACUUACAGAAAGAAUUGAAAAAUAUACUCUGCAAAAAUAAAAACAAUUAUAAGGCAAAGCAAAAUAUGCUUGUGAUUACAAUUUUAGAUGGAAAUAAAGACUUUAAGAAUAAAAAUGGUUAGAUAUUUAAAUGAGUAGGUUUGUCAGCUGAAAGAGAAUUUUACUUUCAAG